CAUAAUGUCAGACGAACCACCUGGAUUCUUUCGGGGUGGAGUUGAUAGCAAACGUUGUUCUAGAAACGGGUUUGAUGCAUCGCGGGUCUUGCCACGAGGUACAGAUAAUGACACUCGCAAAGAGUAUCGACGGGUGGCGAAUGAAAUCAUUCGUUCGUUUCUGAAAAGUGGACAAAAGAACACGACACUUGAACCUAUGGGAAGAGAUCAGAGAAAGGUGAUGCACGAGGUCGCGCUACUCAAUGAAAUGACAACCAAAUCUCAUGGAAGAGAGCCAGAUCGGUACAUGAUUCUGUCGAAGAGAGUGAACAGACUAUCCAAGUCAACUCUUGUUGCAACUGAGCCAAUCACUCCAUCCUUCGAGUGUCUUCAGAAGCUGUCGAAGUUUGUCGAAAAGCAUCCGAUCACCAGAGAAGAAAUGGACGAGUUUUUGACAGAGACACAGACAAAACAAAUGCACACCACGAAGGGGCAUAUUAGUGAUAGAAUGGUGAUCCCACCAAAGUCAAAAUGCUCAAAAGAGUUACAAAAAGUCAGAAAUUCACUGCCAGCUUCCAAAUAUUGUGACCAAGUGCUGAAAUCUAUUAGCUCGUGCAAUGUGGUUAUCAUCAGUGGAGGAACUGGAUGUGGAAAAACUACACAAGUACCACAAUUCAUUCUCGAUGAAGCGCACGAAAAUAAUAAACAUGUUCGUGUGAUGGUCACACAACCUCGUCGUAUUGCUGCAAUUUCAAUUGCUGAACGAGUUGCGAGGGAACGUGGAGAGCCCAUUGGACGCACUGUUGGAUAUCAAGUUAGACUUGAUAGCAGACGAAGCGACGAUACUGUUCUGACAUAUUGUACCACUGGUGUUCUUCUAAGAAUGCUCACAUCUGACCCAGUUGCCUCUGGAAUAACGCACAUUGUGAUGGACGAGAUCCACGAACGUGAAAUCAACACAGAUUAUCUUCUAAUUGCACUACGUGAAUGUCUAAAAAUGCGUCCAGAUCUCAAAGUCAUUCUGAUGUCAGCAACGAUCGAAGGAAAUAUGCAAUUGUUCUCGAAUUAUUUUGAAAAUCAUUCAAUGGAUGUGAUUCGUAUUGAAUCUCGAGCAUUUGAUGUGAAAGUUUUCUAUUUGGAUCAAAUUCUUGCAAUGACUGGCUAUCAACCACCUGAAUCGAAAGCCUUCUUCUCUACUGCCGAAUAUGAAGAAGAGGAUUGGAAAGAUGAAAUUGAAGCUGUUGAAAGGGAAGAGAAGGAUAAAGCCAAGCAGAGAGCUGCUGAUAGUUCACUUUCCACUUUGUCUAAACCAGUAACAAAGAUGGCUGCGAAUACAAAAAGAAAUUCGCCGAUUGAAGAACGCGAGUGGACUUCUGGGCCCUGCAGUACACCAGAUGGUGAUAUCAUUGACGAGAGAGCAAUGCGUCAGUACAUGAAUAUAAUAGGGAAUCCAGAUAUUCGUCCUGUGAUUACUGUUGAAUUUCGUCCAACCACACCUAACUCGGUAUUCAUCAAUGAUGUGAAAUAUACGACGAAUCCCAAUCAAUCAGCACAAGCGUUACUCCAACAGAAGAGAGAAAGAUGUUUGAUGCCACGUGGUCCACUCACAUUUACAUGUGAGAAUCCAGCUUCAACCACCAAGUCACCACCAUCUCCAACUCCUACUCUCGGCAUUUCUAGUGGUUUGGCGAAAUUUACGCCAUUUGGAGGUUUUGGGGAAAAACAACGUAUUUCUACUCUUCUUGAGAAAAAGUUCAAAGAAGAAUUAAAAACAGCACUUCCGGAUCGAACAGUUUAUUAUCAUCCUCAAAUGAAUGACGUCGUCGAUAAAACGGAUUUUUCGAAACUUCGUUUCGGAGAGAAAUAUAAUUUGUUCUAUGGUUCCUCUUCUAACAAUUCAGUCGACUAUGUGUUACUUGAUCAAGUCAUUCAAUACCUUGCUGACAGCCCAGUUUUUGGAACGAUUCUAGUUUUUCUCCCAGGAUACGAGGAUAUUCAGCAGAUGUUGAAAGCGAUCGAUUGUUGGAAGAACAGUCUAAAAAAUAUGAAGAAUGUGAUCGUCUUGCCAUUACACUCUCAAAUGACCAGUAUAAAUCAUGGCGACAUUUUCAAGUCUGUUCCAAAGGACACAAGGAAAAUUAUUCUCGCCACGAACAUUGCUGAAGCCUCAAUCACCAUCGAAGACGUAAUUUUCGUUGUGGACACUGGAAAAGUUAAAGAAAAAUCAUUUGAUCAUGAAGCGAAGCUCAGCACACUUACAGUGAAACCAAUUGCUCGGAGCAACGCAGAUCAGAGAUCUGGCAGAGCUGGCCGUGUGGCCAAUGGAUAUUGUAUUCGUCUUUAUACAGAGCAAGAAUACAAUUCUAUGCCCGAAACACAAAUUGCUGAAAUGAAAAGAGCGGCGAUUUACGACGUCACAUUACAUGCGAAAUUGUUCGCUCCGAAAACAUUAAAGAUUUCCGAGUUCUUGUCAUUGGCGCCAGAACCUCCAGAGAAAGAGUCUAUUCUGCAGGCGAUCACUUUUCUGGAACAAAUUGGAGCAUUUUAUACUCCAAUCAAAAUUUACGACAAUUCUGGGAAUGAAGAAGGCUUGAAAAAUGAUGAGGAAGCCGAGAACAGCGAAAAUCCCGAAGAUCCAGAACUGACAGAUUUAGGAAGAUUAAUGGCAAGACUUCCACUUGAUCCACAGUUAUCACGGAUGCUUUUGUUUGGUUUAGCACUCAAAUGUCUCACUCCAAUUGUCAAUUUGGUAGCACUACUUGCGUCCAGAGAACCUUAUGUCCUAGCACUGUCCGAAGAUCGUGAUCUGCAAUCCAAAAUGAAAUUCGAAAUGGCACAACAGGAUUUAUCGGAUCAUUUGCUGUACAUUCGACUAUGCAAUGAAUUCUGCUCUAAAAACAACAGUCAACAGAAUCAGUUUUGUCGUGAUCAUUUUCUCAACUUUUCCACUAUGAGGAUGGUUCAAGGAACGCGACGGCAAUUGCUUCGAGAACUCGUACGAGCCAAAUUAAUUAAUAUAUCUCCUAAUAGGGACGUGUUAACUGUUUUAACUGAUCACCAUUUCAAUCAGUUUUCUCAAUGUUGGCCAAUGAUACAGGCAGUUAUUGCGGCUGGAUGCUAUCCAUUUAUUGGUGUUUCUGCGUCCGAAUCAAACUUGAAAAAAGUGCAGACUUUCAACGACAAGCCAGCAUUUUUGCACCCGUCGUCGAUGGUAAAGAAGCAAAUCGUUAAAAUGGGGAAAAGUGAGAAAAGUCCUCGUGUCGAAUAUGUCGCUUUUCAAGAAAUGUGUCAGAUGCCAUCCGAUAGAUCACUUUCCAUGAAAACUGUCACUGUCAUUCCAUCGAUGACUGCCUUGUUGUUCACUGGUCCAAUAAGGCUUGACGAGAGAACGAUUGAGGAUAAUAAUAUCAUCUUCGAAGAAGGUGAAGAUAUUUCCGUUGAAGAUAAACCAUUGCCAUGGGGUGCAAGUCUUUCCCUUUUGAAGCUUGACGAGUGGUACAAUGUGAGAUCUGUAAAGAAGAAUCUUUGCCAUUUUCUACGUCUUCGUCACAAAUUUAUGCACUUUUUCGUGAAAGGAAUAUCUGAUCCUGAUACAUUCGGAAAACAAACUUCGCUUGCAGAUUUAGAAAUGUUGGAAUUGAUUCGUUACGUAUUGGAAUCUGAAAAUAAACGCUACAACUUUGCACCUGUGGUCAUGCCCCAUUUAAAUCUGAAAUUCUACUCAAACUCCGAGAAUCCGUAUGCGAGCAUUGUGAGGAAUGAUAAUAAUCGUAGAAAUCACUCGGAUCCCAAUCAAAAGUCAACAGAACGAGAAUCAAGAAAACCUAAAGAGGCUGUCUCACAUGGAAAUUCAAGAAAACAGUCUAAACCACCAAAAAAUCAUCAAACGAAGACAACAUCCAACUUUCCGUCUCACAAUUUUCCACCUCCGGAUUUAAUGCGAAAUAGUCAUUACAAUCAAAAUAUGAGCACAUCGCAUCAAUCGUCAAGUAGUAACAAUCAUCAUUAUAGCCAUAAUUAUAGUUAUCCACAUUAUAACAUCCAACUGCCACAGAAUCAGUACCAAUCGUGGACUCCGCAAUUUGAUUUUCAUUCGAUGAAUACAAGUUAUGGAGAACAUGGUCACAAUGGUAAUCAUCAAUAUAUGGAGUCGUCUGGAAUUCAUGGUCACAUCCCAUAUCAAGGGGGAAAUUUCAACACAAGAGGUGUUAGCAGAGGAGGAUUUUCCUAUACAAGUGGUAAUCAAUUUCGUGGACGUGGCCUAUCGCGCAAAUUGUAUGAGCACAAUCCUCGCAACGAGUAACCGGUAGUUAAAUGUUUUCCGGUUUGUUUUUUUUUCUGAAAUCGUUAUAAACUUGCCAUUUUUGUUUCAUUUUCAAUUUGUACUCCAAAAUGGAUAAUUUAGCUGAUCAUUCUAGAGUAUUCCUGCUUUAUGAAUCUUCUCUUUAUCUUUUUUCUUUGUAUUCGUUGAUUUCCAUGUUUUCUAAAUUAUAUCCCUUUUUUAUUCGUAAUAAAGAAUUCUCAUUGUUG